AUGGCUGUGGCGCUCUCUCCGGCGGUGUCUCUCCGCCUGAAACCCUUCUCCGCCGUCCGUUUCUUCUCCCUUUACCGGAGAGCUUCCAAAACCGCCUUAUACCACCAAAUUCAUCACUUCCACUCUUAUCACUUCACUCCUCACCCCACCCCACCACUCUCCACAUUGAACUCUCACCGGGGCCGGAGCUUCUGCUCUGUAGUCUCAGCCGCCCUUUCCUCCGGCGAAGCCACAAAGACCGAAUCUUUCGAUAAAGAGGAAGUUAAAAUUGGAGAAAAAGUUGGGGAGUUUCGGAAACGAUUGAGGAUUGUUGAUAUUAAAGGCGGCCCAGAUGAGGGGUUGAAUCGGUUGGACGAGACCUUGGUGGUUAAGGGCUGGGUUAGAACUGUUCGUGCUCAGAGCAGCAUUUCUUUUAUUGAGAUUAAUGAUGGCUCUUGUCUUUCAAACAUGCAAUGUGUGUUGAGUUCCGAUGCUGAGGGUUAUGAUCAGGUAGAAAAGGGUUUGGUCUUAACCGGGGCGUCAAUUUGGGUAAGAGGUGUUCUUGUCAAGAGCCAAGGAUCAAAGCAGAAGGUGGAAUUGAAGGUUGAAAAAAUUGUUCUGGUUGGGCCUAGUGAUCCUUCGUUUCCAAUUCAGAAGAAAAGAGUCAGCCGAGAAUUUUUGAGAACUAAGGCACAUCUUCGUCCCAGAACAAAUACUUUUAGUGCGGUUGCUAGGGUAAGGAAUUCCUUGGCUUAUGCCACACACAAGUUUUUUCAAGAUAAUGGAUUUAUUUGGGUCUCUAGUCCAAUCAUCACAGCUUCUGACUGUGAAGGAGCUGGGGAACAAUUUUGUGUAACUACGCUGAUUCCUGGUUCCAGAGAAACGACCCAUACUCCUGUUGCGGCAAUUCCAAGUACAAAAGACGGUUUAAUUGACUGGUCUCAGGACUUCUUUGGGAAACCAGCAUUCCUAACUGUGUCUGGACAGCUCAAUGGGGAAACUUAUGCAACUGCUCUUUCUGAUGUGUAUACAUUUGGCCCCACAUUCAGGGCUGAAAAUUCCAACACUUCCCGACACUUAGCUGAAUUCUGGAUGAUUGAGCCGGAAUUAGCCUUUGCUGAUCUAGAAGAUGACAUGGCAUGUGCCACUGCCUAUCUCCAGUACGUAGUACAAUAUGUUCUAGAAAAUUGCCAGGAAGAUAUGGCUUUCUUUGAUACAUGGAUAGAGAAAGGAAUCAUCAAGCGACUAACUGAUGUCGUGGAAAAAAAUUUUGUGCAGUUGACAUACACAGAUGCCAUCAAUCUUCUUUUAAAAGCAAAAAAGAAGUUUGAAUUUCCGGUGAAAUGGGGAUGUGAUUUGCAAAGUGAACAUGAGCGCUAUAUAACUGAAGAGGCCUUUGCUGGAUGCCCUGUUAUUAUCAGAGACUAUCCAAAGGCCUGUCUUUUCCCCUUAGAUUACUGA